GUGACUGACGUUUAACUUUGACACAACCGCACAACGUAUGUAGACAUUAUCGACGUGUUUAAAAUAAAAUUCUUUUUCUGCAAGUUACUUUUUCAACAUAAUUUUAAAGCUCUUUCAAUAUUGAAGCAAGUGGAAAUUCCAAUUACAAUGACUUAAUUGAUUUGUUUAUAUAUGGAAUAGAAUUUAAAUUUGAUGAUUUAAAUAUAUUUUAAACUUCAUGGAGGGAGUUUUGUGGAAAUGGACGAACUAUUGGAAUGGUUGGCAAACUCGUUGGUUUGUGCUAGAAAAUGGAAUUUUGUCAUAUUAUAAGUCUCAGGAAGAUCUAGAUAAGGGAUGCAAAGGUUCAAUUAAAGUAUCUGCUUGUGAAAUUAAUGUUGAUUCAUUAGAUCCAACGAGAUUAGAUCUUAAUAUACCAGGUGAACAACAUUUGUAUUUGAAAGCUGCCACUUCACAAGAAAGACAACAGUGGCUUGUAGCCUUGGGGACUGCUAAAGCAUGUGUCCAAAGUAGGAAUGGCAAGGAAAAUGAAACAAGCCCUGAUACUCUAAAGACAAAAAGAUCAGAACUUCGUCUCUAUUGUGACUUACUGAUGCAACAAGUUCAUAUGGUAAAAACUGCUGCUAAUGCCAAGGAAGGCCCAGAAAUAGAGAGAAUUGAUGAGGCAACGAGUCUUCUAACAGCCACAUGUGAUACUUUUAUUAAGACUUUAGAAGAAUGCAUGAAACUGUCCAAUGCUAAUUUAGUAUAUGAUAUAUCUUCCUGUACAAUGGUUAAUUUACCACCUGUUAAUUCGAACCUACCAUACAAAAAGAUUUUGAAACCACCGUCUCGCACAGUAUCUGCUGACAUAUGAGGAUAUAUUUCAAAAUUUCCUUGCCUUUUGUAAAAGGUGGUGAAUGUAUCUUAUGAGACUUUUAUUAUGUUAUUUCUUUUUCGUUUUUCCUUCGUUAUCUAAUUUUCCAUUAUUUAUGUAGCAUUGUCUACUGAGUCCACAUAAUUUAUAUCAUUAAUUUUUUU